ACGGCGUGCUGUUCCCGGAGCUGCAGAGCAAAGGAUGUGAGCGCAUUGAUAUACACAGAUUUACUUUACGUUUAAAUAAACACAAGAAGAAGUCUGUCUGUUUAAAACAACAUCCGACUGAGAGUCUCAGUCCUGCUUCCCACUCUCUCUCCCCCCCGAGUCGCCAUGCGGAAUCUGAAGCUCCUGCGGUGUCUCCGCUGUCCGGAGCUGCGGGGUCCCGGUGUCCCACAGUGUCUCACCGUGAGGACAGAUUCGGGCACCGUGCUGGUUGCGUCGGAGCGCGGCGUGGUGGAGCUGGACCCACGGAGCGCCCAGGUGGUGGCUGAGCUGUCCCUCACGGCCCAGGAGCUCCUCCCUGAGGAUGGCGGCGGCGGUGUGGUGGGCAUCCAGGAGCUGCCGGACCAGGAGGCGGUGUGCGUGGCCACAGCGGCCGGAGACGUGAUCCUGCUCAACCUCAGUACCAGCCAGGUGGAGUGUGUGGGUAGCGUGGACAGCGGACUCACCGCCAUGAGCUGGAGCCCCGACCAGGAGCUGGUGGCGCUCGCCACGGGUCAGGAGACGGUCAUCGUGAUGACCAAGGAUUUCGAACCCAUAACCGAGAUGGAGAUCCACCAGGACGACUUUGGGGAGGGAAAGUUCAUCACGGUGGGUUGGGGGAAGAAGGAGACCCAGUUCCAUGGCUCCGAGGGCAAGUGGGCUGCGCAGCGCAAACCCACAGAGGUCCAGCCGGCUGUCGCUUGGGACGACCGCCGUCCCCGGAUCUCUUGGAGGGGGGAUGGGCAGCUGUUCGCUGUGAGCACCGUAUGUCCCCAGACAGGAGCUCGGAAGGUGAGGGUCUGGAACAGGGAGUGUGUCCUGCAAUCGACCAGUGAAAUUAUCAACGGCUUGGAGCAGGCGCUGUGCUGGAAGCCGUCGGGGAGCCUGAUCGCAUGUUCACAACGACAGCCCAACAAGCACAGCGUUGUGUUCAUGGAGAAAAAUGGACUCCUGCACGGCGACUUUACGCUCCCCUUUGCUAAGGACCAGGUCAAGGUGAAGGAGCUGCUGUGGAACAGUGACUCCACGGUACUUGGUGUGUGGUUGGAGGACAUGGAACCUGGAGAGGACAGCCGUCUUAGCACAUACAUUCAGCUGUGGACGGUGGGGAACUACCACUGGUACCUGAAGCAGAGUCUGAACUUCGGCCGCAACCCCCAGCACGCCCCGGCCUGCCUAUCCUGGGACCCUGAGGUGCCAUACCGCCUACACCUGGUGACACGUGACUGGACCAGCCUCACCUAUGACUGGACCUGGAGCACAGACCGCAGCGCGAGUGGAGACAGUGCACAUGACAAUGCCUAUGUGGCAGUGAUUGACGGAGACAAAGUUCUGGUCACCCCAUUCCGCCGGUGUGUGAUCCCCCCACCCAUGUGUGCGUAUGACCUUCAACUACCUGCCCCUGUCACUCAGGUGACCUUUCACCCCGAGUCUUCGAGGUCCAAUGAGCUUGCAGUGCUUAUGGCCGAUGGACGACUUGCAGUUUUUGGGCGGGGAACUAAAGGCGAUGGUGAGCCUGGGACCACAGCCUCUGGGUUCAGAGUUAUUGUUCAGCCCCCAGAGCUAAAGAAAACCUACAGCCUGGCUCUGGACCACGAGGAGCCUCUGGCACUGCACCUGCUCCUCUGGCUCAGGGAGGACGUCUUCCUGGGGGUCGUCUGUGGGGAGCGACCUUCCGAGUCCCGACUGCUCAUACUGGUCCCCUCUGCUGCCUACAGCGAUAAAUGCAGCCUUGAGAUCAGGUGUUCUGUCCCAGUAGAAGGUCACGUGAUCAGCCAGUGUCACAGCCCCAGGACAGGCACGGUGGCCCUGCAGCUGGAGGAUGGCCACAUUUGGAAGUUUCUGUGGGACUCUCCAGAGCCGUCGAUGACAGAGUGGCGCGUUGGCCCCGAUCCGGUGGUCCGCUUCCCCGUGCCUUGCGUGCAGACUGCCCUGGCAACCAUCAGUGGGGAGGAGCAUUUGUUGGGUCUCACUGAUCGCUCUUGCUUGUUCGUGGGUGACACAGAGGUGGCCUCUAACGUGUCCUCCUUUGUGGUGUGCGAUACCUUCCUCCUACUCACCACACAUGCACAUACCUGCCGGUGUCUAGACCUGAGCUCCCUGUCGGUGAAAGGGCUUCAGACGACCCUGGGCUCAGAUGCAGAGCCGAAUGAUGAGACGCUGCGUCGGGUGGAGAGGGGUUCCCGUGUUGUGACUGUGGUUCCUCAGGAUGGCCGCUUGAUCCUCCAGAUGCCUCGAGGGAACUUGGAGACGAUACAUCACCGUGCACUAGUCCUCUCGCAGGUCCGAAAGUGGCUGGACAGCCUGAAGUUUAAGGAUGCCUUUGAGUGCAUGAGAAAGCUGCGGAUCAACCUGAACCUCAUCUAUGACCACAACCCCAAGGUGUUUCUGGAAAACGUGGACACUUUCCUGAAGCAGAUUGCUUCCGUCAAUCACAUCAACUUGUUCCUGACUGAGCUAAAGGAAGAGGACACCACCAAGACGAUGUACCCCUGUCAAUCAACCACCCUCGGUACUCCUAGUGCCGGGGGUUCCCAGUCAAAGGUGGACACUGUGUGUGAUGCUCUCAGGGUUGCCAUGGAGACCUCAGACCCAAAAAGGUACUGUCUGUCUAUUUUGACAUCACAUGUGAAGAAAAGCAAGCCAGAGCUGGAGGUUGCACUGCAGAAAGUCCACGAGCUUCGCGUGAAUCCCCCCACAGAGAAAAGCACGGUCAGUGCUGAGGAAGCCCUAAAGUAUCUGCUGUUCCUUGUCAACGUGAACGAGCUAUAUGAGCACUCGCUGGGCACGUACGACUUUGACCUUGUGCUCAUGGUGGCCGAGAAAUCUCAGAAGGACCCAAAAGAGUACCUCUCUUUUCUAAACACAUUGAAGAAGAUGGAGCCCAACUACCAGCGGUACACCAUUGACAGGCACCUGCGGAGAUACAGGAAGGCUCUGAACCAUCUCAGCAAGUGUGGUGAGGAGCACUUCACCGAAUGCCUGAACCUAGUGAAGGACCAGCGGCUCUACAGUGAAGCUCUGCAACUCUACCCACCGCACAGCCCCCAGUACAAGGCCCUGAGCUGUGCCUACGCUGAAUACCUGGUGGAGCAGCAGCAGGCAGAGCAGGCAGGACUGUUGCUAUGGCGAUGUGGGGAGAUGCCACGUGCCCUGCAGGCCUUCGUCAGCUGCUGCAGUUGGCGCCAUGCCCUAUGUGUAGCAGCCAAAAUCCCCCUGCCUCCCAACCAACUGGCCCUACUGGCCCGAGACCUGGCGGUAAAGCUGAUGGAGCUGAGAAGGUACACAGAGGCUUCCGUCCUGUUGGAGCAAUAUGCCAAGGACUGUGAAGAGGCCAUUUCUGCUCUGAUUGCUGGGGCAGCCUGGGAGGAGGCCCUUCGACUGAUCUACAUGUACGAGAGACAGGACAUCAUGGAGACGGACCUGAAGCCAGCACUGCUGGAAGCUCACAGCAAUCAAAUGUCCUUCUUGGAGGGUCAGAAGGCCACGUUCAUCCGCCACAAAAACCGUCUCUCUGUGGUGCGGGAGCUGAAAGAAAAAGCCCGACUUGAGCUGUUGGACGAGGAUGCCCCGGACUGUCCAGACUCGGAGCUCUUCUCCGAAGCCAGCAGCAUGAUAACGGCCAGUGCCACCGGCUCUAAGUACUCCCACAGCAACUCGCGCAUUUCUGCGAGGUCAUCGAAGAACCGUAGGAAGGCAGAGAGGAAGAAGUACAGCCUGAAAGAGGGAAGCCCCCUGGAAGAUGUGGCGCUGCUGCACGCCCUGACCGAGACUCUGUACACGGUGGACAAGCUGAGAGAGGAGGUUCACAGCCUGCUGAAGGCGCUGGUGCUCUUCGGCCUGGACUCGCAGGCUCAGAAGCUGCAGCAGGACUAUGGUGAAGUGCUGCUUCUCAUGGAGGCAUCCAUCCCAGAGGUGUGGCCUGAGGGCCAGCAGCAGAGCUCCGUCCCUGUCACAGGACCGAACUCGACUGCGAACAGCAUCAUGGCUUCCUAUCAGCAGCAGAAACCAUCGCCUCUGGUGCCACAGCAAGAUGCAGAGGUCUUCAACCCUCCGAAAAUGAGGAGUAACAUCAAAUGGAAGCUCACAAUUCUUAAGUAGCUCUUGUAUAUAAUGGCAAAAUCUGUCUAGAUGUUAAACACGUUAAAAAUAAAAGUACCUUUUUUUUUUGUAAUGUGGAGAUGCCGGCCUUGUUCUGCUGUUUAAAAGGGAAAGGGAUGAAGACUUCUCAGUCUGUACAGUUUCGUUUCAAGUUGCUCACUAGAGGUAAUGGACCUGAGAACAGUUUAAAGGGAAUUUACUCCGAAGGUGGCCUCAACUCAGACUGCUCUCACAUUGUCCACUGGGAGGUGCUGCUAUACUCCACUCCAACCCAAUGUCGCCGAUGGGGAAGCGAAGACUUCACAGCUGCAGGUUUGACCCGGUCAUAUAUGUGUCAGCAACAAUAUAAAGCAAAUUGAUGACGUCAAAAUGUCUCAAUUUCUCUGAGAUUUUCUGUGAAAAAGAAUUUACUUGGAUGAAAUAUUUUUAAGAAAUACAAAUACCACUUGUCCUUUAGCAGAUGGUACAGGUUCAAUAGACAAACACCCAGCAGUUGUAGUAGAAAUACAUUUAAUAUUAAGUUGAGUGAAAUCUAGAGGUCAUUCUUUCUGUCUGUCACUAUUUUCAGAAAGGUACUGCAUGGCCAUCAGGAGAUAGACAUUCACCUAUGUGGUUGAUGACCCCAAGUAGGAGUGCUUAACAGGAAAUUCAGAGUACUGGAAACGAGUAGUCCUCUGACAACAAAUAGACAGGUGUCAACGGUAACCAUUUGUUACUUAUAUAUUCCUUUAAAGAUAGUCAAAAGCUGUGUUAAAAUUGCCUAAAACUCAUCUGACUGUAGAGAACAGUGUGUGGGGUUUCUGCCACUCCAUUUCUUCAGUUACUUGGUGUUCUGUGCUUACAUCCAUCAAUAAUUGUCAAAAUGAAAUAAAAUUAGUAUUUUAUGUGUGUGUGUGGGUAUAUAAAUAGAAAGGACACUGGUGAAAAAGCGGAG